GCGAUACGUUUGAAUCAAUUCUUUGUUCACCGGCAGAUGUCUUCUCAACUAAACAUGAGUCACUCUGUGCAUCGGUGAGAUGUGUUGUGGAAACAGAUCCUUAUCCUUGCCUUUCGGACAACUUCGGAUGGGACAUUCCUCCAGAUGUCAAAAUAUGCUUAUUGCAAUUGGAACAUGUUAGGAACGAAUUCACUAUCAUACACAAAGCAACGUUAUUGUACAUCAUAAAACAAAUAUACCAUCAAAUGUCUGACAGCAUCGAAUCACAGGAUGAAGGGAUCGCGUCACAAGCGGUAGUUUGCACAGGAGAAGGAUUUCAUCCUCCAAAAGAAGUAUUUGUAUCUUUUCCGACAGAAGAGAACAUAUGUAUUGAACCGUACAUGUAUAAACUGCCUGGUGAGUUUUCCGAGUUCUCAAGUAUGUUUGUAUUACUUGGUUCAACUUCAGAACUGACUAUCAGUUCAUUAAAAUCCAUCCUAACAAUGAUAAAAACGACCACCAGAAAGUCUAGAUCCAAGAGAGACAGAAAGACAGUGAUAUGCAUUCUUAAAAGCAUAGUAAAGUUGAAAGGUGAUGGUGACAUUCUGAAAGAUGUGCUAGUGCCUGUGAAAUCGGACAACGCGAGGUUGGAUUUACGUCCAGUGGAAGAAUGCACCAUUUGUGACACGGGUUCAAGUUGGUUGCAUGGUAAUGAAGAGGAAAACGAGAUAUGCUACGUUCAUUCUGAUGUCAAUGAAAAAUUAGCAGAAUCUCUUGGCAUCCAGUCUUUCACGCAAAGAUUUAUGUCAGAAGGAGGGACUGAAGAAAUGUUUUCUGCAUGCGGCCAGUCCGAGCCAUUAACAACAAGACUGAAACAUAUUUUAGAAAACUACCCAGACGGCUUAGCUGUGUUGAAGGAGCUGGUUCAAAACGCUGAUGACGCUGGAGCUCAACGCAUUCAUUUUCUUUAUGACGAAAGGCAAAACAAAAAUGCCAGAACUGGAUUGAUUGACGAUAACAUGGCAAGCUGCCAGGGUCCAGCACUUUGGGUAUUCAACGAUGCAAAAUUCACCGACACAGAUUUUGAAAACAUUAUCAAAUUGGGCGGAGAAACAAAAAAAGGAACAAAAAUUAAAAUCGGCAAAUUCGGACUUGGAUUUUGCUCUGUGUACAACCUGACCGAUGUUCCAAGUUUUCUAAGUGGUCAUAAUCUGGUCAUCUUUGAUCCUCACACUACUCACCUUGGAAAAGCCAUCAAGGACAAGAGAAGCCCAGGAAUAAAACUGUCUUUUACGGAAAAAAGUUCGGGGAUGUUAAAACUAAUGAGAAACCAGUUCCGUCCAUACAACAACAUAUUUGGAUGCGAUUUGUCCGGAAACACAUUUCCGCCAAAGUUCGAGGGAACACUCUUUCGACUUCCAUUACGAACUACACAACAGGCAAAAAAGAGUUUAAUAAAAAACAUUCCGUAUCGCAGACAGGACAUGGUAGAACUUCUCCAUAUGUUAAAGGACUGUGCCGGCGAUUUACUCACUUUCACACAGAAAAUAAAGGAGAUAACAAUUUUGCAUCUCCCAGAAAAGAGCGUAAACCCUGCAAAGGAUAUUCAGCUUGUUUUUAGCGUAGACAAACACGUUAUCGAAACCAACCCUACGUUCAACAGCCCCGCUGACAUCCACGUCAUGAGGGAAGUAGAAAAAGCAUGUAGAACAAACCAAACUUUUCAAUACAUUGAACUGAUAUCAGUUAAAAUGUCUAUAAAACAAAACAGACUUCUUGGUGUCAAAAAAUCCUAUACGAAGUCCUCACAAUUGUUGAUUUCGUGGGCUUCAGGAAGUGGCAAACCACUACUUGAAAAUGCUGUUCGUCUAGAAAGCGAGGGAGCUCUACCUCUAGGAAGCAUCGCCGUUUCCUUAAAAGGAACUAAUUCGAAACGUUUUGUGGUACCCUUCCCAUUACACGAGAAACAACUUGGAUUUUAUGCUGAAAGUCAUUAUUUUUGUUUCCUUCCUUUACCAGAGGAAUGCAAAACACCAGUUCACAUAAACGGAUGUUUUGCCGUUGGAAGUGACAGAAAAAGUCUAGCAAAGAAAACAAGUGACGAAAAAGGAGAAACAAGAAAUGAGGUCUGGAACCAGAUGCUCAUGACGGAUGCUGUUUGUAACGCAUACAUGUUUAUGUUGACCAGUUUGGAUAAAUUUGGAAUUGUUCUAGAAAAUUAUUCAUUACUUUGGCCAAUUACCAGCAGCAAAACGAAUGUAGCGUCAUACUUGGCGAAGGCAGUUUGCACAAACGUUAUCGAAAGGGAUUACAAAGUGUUUUGUACAGCGCAAGGACGCCGGGCCUCAUUCCGCGAAUCUGUUUUUCUUGACAUUGGUUUACGCCAUAACAAAAAUGUUGGGGAAUUUGCCUUUGAUAUUUUCCACAAAUAUUUCCCAGGAAAAAACGUCCCUAUGGAUAUGUCAAAACCGUUGUAUGAACAAUUUUGUAGAGCGGGAUGUAAAGAAGAAUUAUGCAAACAAACACUAUCAGAGAAUGCAUUCUUCGCGGACACAUUUCUCCCAAAUAUCAACGAAAUAGACGUAAAGAUGAGAGAUGCGUUGGUUAUGUUCAUAUUAAAGACCGGUCAACAUAAUUUGCUGCAACUGUUGAAAUCAAACCCUUGUAUUCCAGUCCUAUACGAAAGACAAUUGAGAUUUCCAGGUGAGCUUGUUAGACCUAAAUCUAUCAUAUCAAACCUGUUCUGUGACAAGGAUGGACGAUUUCCAUCUGACGCAAACCAGCCGUUUUGUAAAGAAGACAUUUUAGAUGUCCUUGUGAAGUUAGGAAUGAUGGACCAGACGUUGUCAGAUGAAAUAGUUGUGGAGAGAGCUACGUCAAUAGCUAGCUUAUCGGAUUCUAAACAGGCGUUACUGCGUUGUCGAAAGCUGCUGGCAUAUCUUGAUCGAGAACAACAGAAUUGUCAGCAUGUCAUGAAUGUGUUGAGUAGUAUACCAUUCAUUCCUUCCCUUAAAAUGCCUUGGGAUUGGCCUCUCUCCUGGGUCACUGGAAGUUCUACAAAAAAGAAAGUGAUGUUUUGUCCACCAAAUCAAAUGUUUUUACCAACGAAUAUGGAACAAAUCGCAUGUUCCCAACUCCUCGUUGAUAUGGAAAAGCUCAAAAAGGAGAUAACCGUUGAGAAAAUUCUUCUGUCACUUGGAGUAAGAGAAAAGGUUUUAGAUAGUAACGACGUUGAAAAACAGCUUUUGGAAAUCAGCAGAGUGAAUUAUAAUGACCUGUCUGACAAGCAGAAAAAUCGUUUGCAUUUGAUAUGCCUCUCCGUGUAUAGUUUCUUUGAUAGGUCAACAGAAACAUUAACACAAUAUGGCGACCUGCCUAUAAUAUGGAUGACUGAUCAUCUGAUCUCACCAAAGCGCACAACCCUGGAGACGUUUCAUGGUAUUGACUGUAGACCGGCUAUAUACCAGUUAGAAAAGUCUGAUGUUAGCAAAUACGCCAAUUUUCUCAAAUGUGUUGGUGUUCAGGAAACGCUCUCGAAGGAAAAUAUCAUAUCAGCACUCGAACAGAUAGCGAUGGAUCACGAAAAUAUAUCUCAGUCCGAAAGAAGUGUUCGACUUACUGUGAAUUUGCUUCAACUUCUUGCUACAGUAUGUAAGCGUUCCGGAUCAAAAUUAGAUUCCCCCGAAAAAUCUCGGAUUUAUGUACCAGAUGAUGCAAAUUUUCUUCGAUUAGCAGAGGAAUUGUGCGUAGAUGAUGGCUACAAGCUAAGAAAACAAUCGUACAUGCAUUUCGUUAACACGAAAGUUUCGGGAGACAUUAUCAAGUUACUGGACAUAAAAUCAAAACGGGUGAAACAUCUGAAUAAAACAAAAGGGAGUUUGCCAUUUGGACAAAAAGAGGAACUAGUGACACGCUUGAAAGGAAUUCUAGAAGGUUAUCCUCGAGAUGAAACAAUUCUGUAUGAGCUGUUACAGAAUGCGGAUGACGCUGGUGCAAAAGAAAUCAUGUUCUUCCAAGACAUGAGACAACAUGAAACAGAGACAGGCAUAUUUGGAAAGGAGUGGUCCCCCAUUCAAGGUCCUGCGCUGUGUGUUUUUAAUGAUUCCUGUUUUUCUGAUGAAGAUCUUGAAGGCAUUUGCAAAUUGGGCAAAGGAUCCAAAUCUCAAGACCCAUCGAAGACUGGCCAAUUUGGAGUUGGCUUCAAUGCGGUUUAUCAUCUGACAGACGCACCUUCGUUCAUCACUAAAGGUCCAACAACACCAAACCAAGGAACCUUUUGUAUGUUUGAUCCACACUGUAAGUUUUGCCCAGCGACUGAUGAUGAUCCAGGUUUGCAGUACCCUGACUUGGAAGAACUCGAAGAAACGUAUCCAGGUGUGUUUGGAUGUUAUUUACAGAAAGAGCUAGCAAGACCCAAGGGAACUUGGUUUCGAUUUCCCUUACGAAACAAAUCAAUGGCACGUUCCUCGCUCAUAUGUGACAAACCAAUGGAUAUGGGUGUACUGAGCGAGUUACUUGAACAUUUCCAGAAAAAUAUGAAGAAAUGCCUUUUAUUUUUGAGGAACAUCAGGAAAAUUUCACUACGUGAAAUAGACACCGAAGGAAAUAUCAAAGUGAAGCACAUAGUGGAGUCAAAAUUGGAAGAAAACGAUGAAGAUUAUCUGUGUAUGUUUUGCCAGAAAUGCGACACAUUGACAAAAGCUUUGUAUGAUGGAUCAGGAAACAUGAAGGAUAUCGAGCGUCAGACAGUGAAAUAUAUCAUGACAACACUGGAAAGUUCGUGUCAACCUGAGCACUGGAUUAUAGCUCAAACAUUUGGGUUAGAUAGCACAAAAGUUCCGGAGAGUAUAAGUGCAGCUUUCGAGUACGGAGACAUAGCUCUAACACCAAAAGGUGCAGUGGCUCUUCCGUUCAUACCACAGAAGGUGGAUGUUAGUGCACAGAAAGAAUCAGUCGGAUCAAUCAACAGCUACGGCGAGUCAAAGGACGAUGGGCAUUUUUUUUGUUUUCUUCCUCUCCCUUUGGAAACUGGACUACCGGUACAUGUCAACGGCCAUUUUGCUCUAACUCAAACACGAAGAUCCGUGUGGGAAACAACACACAGAGGAGAUUGGAAUAAGUUUUUGUUUGAAACCGUGAUAUCAAAUAGCUAUAUCCUAGCUAUUGAAUACUUACGAGACACUUUACUCCUGGAAAGAAACGGAGAAGAAGGUGUUACCACGAUGGAUAUAAAAUGCAAUUUGGUAAGGUACCACGGCGCAUUUCCACGUUAUGACAAGGGGAAAACCGAUCUUAUCAAAGGAAUGAUAACGUCGUUCUUUGUUUCUUUGUAUGAAAGGGAGUCGAGAAUAUUUCCGGUGCUAUCACCAAACGCAGUACCAAUAUGGUGGGUUGCUCUUCAACAAUCCGACCACACGUUUCCUGCGUGUUUCAAUGACUUAUAUGAUCAGUUUCUGCACAGGGCACAAUCAAAAUUAAACGAAACACGACAGCUUAAUCUGUAUGGAUCGCAAAUUCAACUCGAACAGGAAAAGAAAAAUAUGGAACGUGCUAAAACAGAGGCAAAUACAAUGUCCAGUACCCUUAAAGACAUCGGUAUGAAAUUACUUGAAACGCCACUGUGGAUACACCAAAGCAUAAAUCAGGCAUUGGAGCAGAGCUGUCAUGGUCCCCUUCCAGAAGAAAAACAUUUGGUUAAUCCUAGUCUUGUCAUCGAGUUUUUAAAGAUAGGUAAAACCUCAGCAGAUGCCUGCCUCCUAAAAGAUACGAUGCGUGAAAUAACAAAAACCCCAGUGAAAAGUAUUGACAACGUGAGAUGUCUACUGCAAUACUGUCUCGAAGAUUUGAACAAAUUUAAACAAAAUAUGGAGCAGAUACCCUUGUUGGUGACCAAUGACGGAGAUAUCGGGUUGUUUUCCUCCACUCAACCUGUAAUUUUGUCUAGAUUUUGUGAUCUAUUGCCAAAGUCGGCAAGACAAUUCGUACACAGUGCCAUUGUCAACGUAAUGCAGAAAAUGAAGAGUUGUCAGUGUUUGAAAUGCCUUGACUUAGACAGCUUUGUACAGAUGCUACCGGACAAUUUCGACAGGGCUACUCUAUCAGGACAGGGAACCAAUAGCAUGGGAGAGCAUUGUCAAGUAAUACUACAUCACUUGUCUAAGUCAGAUAACAUUAAGAAACUGAAAAAUCAACCCUCCACGGCUGACAUGAUAAAGGACCUCCCCUUGUUCACGACAAUCAACGGAAACAAUAUCAGUCUUUCCUUACAUUUCCUGCAAAUCUACACUGUGAAGGAGGAUGAUCAUCUCAUCAAAGACGGAAUGGAGUCUUGGUGCAACGAUUGUGGAUAUGCUUUAUUAGAAGAAAACCGAUUCACAGUGGAUUUGAUGAUUUUUUUAAGCUGUCAUCGUGCGAUAUCAGUUACUGAAUUGUACUGCAAUCAUAUUCUACCACGGUUUGGUCAUCUUGGACAGAAUCAUCAUUUGUCUCAUUUGGACUAUGUUCGCCGUAUGCUGAGAAAUGACCCAAACUGUCCGUUACGAAAAGCGUUGCAAACAUCAAGAUUCAUUUACCAUGAAGGCAUUAUGAAAUCUGCAGACUCUUUCUACAGUCCACACAACAGAUUGUGUAAGAAACUAUGUGACAAGUCAUUGCUACCACCGGAUCCAUUUGGAUUAAUAGAAUGGAAAACAUUCAUGGUAUUUGCAGGGAUGAAACAAACAGUGUCGGAAGAUUUAUUUGUCCAGUUUGCUAAGCAAAUAGAGACCACUGCACAAAGGCAUGGGAUGACAGAGGAAAUAAAAGAACUGUCGAAACAGAUUGUCACGUACUUGUUUAAAACAGAGAAACUUUGUAAUAACUCUGCAUUUCUAGAGCAGAUAAAAAAUAUUCGUUUCGUUGAACCACAUUGUGUCCGAUUGGAAUAUGACGACAUAUAUCCACAAUUUGCAAGGAGGGGUUUGAUACAAUUUUGUGGUUCUGUUCAUCACUCUCUAGCGCAUCUAGUGUGGACAAGGACUUGUAUUUUACCAAGUUAUGUACCUCAAGAGGAUCGCAUCAAAAUUGGAUUAGGAAUCCUACAAAAACCAUCUAUACGUGACGUGCUGUCCCAUACCCACACUGUAUGUGACUCCAUCAACAAAGGAUUACAGAAAAAGAAAACGACCAACAACUAUGCUUGUUCAGAAUCAACCAUCGAGACAUUGAUGCGAAAGAUUUAUGCAUACCUACAAGACAAUUAUAUUGGCAAUCCAGAAACCAAACGAAUGCUGUCUGAAACACGUAUCGUACACAUUAAGGAGGACGAAAUGUUUGUCACUGCUAGGCAAGUAUCAGUCUCAUUCGGUGGAAACGAACCAAUACCUCCUUAUUUGGUAAAAUUUCCUCUUCAUUAUGGACAAUACAAACGACUCUUUCAAUUCCUUGGAACAACCGAAUCUGUUACUCUUAGCCAAUACUCUGACGUGCUGACUCGAAUUCAUGCCACUGUGAAAACAAACGUGCUUGAUCCUGAUCACAUGGUGGAUGUGGAGACUGCAUUGAAAAGUAUGAUGUUGUUAUUGGAAGAAAAGAGUUUAGAAGAUAUCGAAACGUCGAUGGCAGAUGUUGAGACCUUAUAUUUACCUACCUCCGACAAAUCUUUGGCCCAAUCAUCGCAAAUGGUAUUUGUUGAUAGACAGAAACUGAAAUCUAGAGUCAUGAGAAGUGGUGAUCAUGGCAUAUUGUUUGUACACAGUUUGAGGGGUUGCCAUAAAAAAGAAGACACAAUCUUGAAAUUACCAGAUAGCUUAAAACCAAAGAAACUGAGCUCCAUUCUACAGGAAAAUCUUAUAUCUUCUACAAUCAUCAAACAAGAUAGUAAAGGAGCGCAAUUAGAACAAUUUCUAUCCUCAUCCAGAUUUUUGAAAGCAAUGAAAAUUGUCGGCAAAUUUAGUGACGAAGAAUUCGACACCUACCGUCAACGGCUGGUGUGUAUCCAGUUUGUUCCCGUCUCCGAGAUUAGAACAAUACUGACCAUGGCCGGUAGGCAGAUUCCUGACACUGAAGCUGUUGUGGAAUGUUUUCACUCUGUCGAGAAUGGCACACAGUUGUUUUAUUUCGUAGCAAGUAACAACGAUGUGAGGUCCUGGCUAAGAGAUAUUGGACAAACACUCUUUGGAAUGCUCGCAGAAUGUUUAGAUAACAGAAUAGCAUCAGGAGAAAUCCGUGUACUCGUUGAUUUCAUGGAUGAUCCCGAAAGAUUCUCAAAGUACUGUGAAGAUCUUUUUGGUGAGGAAGAAAACAAAGACAUUGAAUCACUUUCGUAUUUCCCUGGAAAACUAGUUCCCCUCGGUUUGCACGUGUUGCUCCAGAAUGACAUAACGCUUCUGAAGGUUGGAGAUCUAGUCGCGUACGAGAAGUUUGAUCCACUUGUCGAAGGGGCGGAAGAAGGCUCCACUUCUGAUAUGAUAUACAUUUUUGCUAGGAUUAUAAAAAUAAUUCCACUUGAGAAUUCAGCCGCCUUUCUUCUCCAGAAAUACGAAGUCAAUUUUGGACAAAAUAUCAACGAAAUCGUAUUUGGGCUUCAGUUGUAUAAGGUAGUGUAUCCGUCAACACCCUCUUCUACAGAUUUGGUAGUUCACCAGUUCGGACACGGCAGACAUGCUCCUCUUAAUAGAGACAAUAUUUUUGACGAAAUCAUCACGACUUUGUCUGAAGCCUGGAAACUGAAUGAUGUAAACCGCAGGCGGGUCUUGAGGAGGCUGUUGCUGAUUUGGCACCCUGACAAGAAUCAUGACAUGGGGGAAGCAUACCAAAAGUUUUCUACAGAUGUUACUCAAUUUGUUAAUGAUAUAGUACGACGUCUUGACGAAGGCGAAAGGUUUGACAUCACAGCUUUCAGCUCUACCGACGGAAGCAAGAGAAAGCACACAAGAAAGCGAAACUACGAUGAUUGGACCUAUGGCGAAAGAUCAAGUAAAUGGCAGGUUUUUGGAGACAAGAUCUCAUCCAUGCAGAGAGACAAUCGUAAUCAUUUUAACCGCUCGUAUUCACGAAGAAGUGGAACACAUGUUCCUAACCCGCAACCUGCAGAGGCAAAGAGGUGGUUACGACAAGCUUGUAUGGAUUUCCGGUGUGGAGAGACUGCAUUGGAGCGUAAUAAAACAACAGCGGGAGUUGAUGCUUCAUCAAAGGAGGAUUACAAUUGGAUUUGCUACAAGUUCCACCAAGCUUGUGAGAAGGCAUGCAAAGCGUAUAUGUAUCAUAUUGAUGAACAGAAAGUGUCUCAAACUCACAACCUAUGCAGCAUUAUCCCGCAGCAGCCCGGAAACGAACAGCUCCUAGACUGGUUAAGAGACAUAGAAAACAUUGUUGGGAGUUACUCCAGAAUGCGAUACCCGGAUGUCAUGGAUUAUCCUAAUAUUCCCGGAACAUCAUAUACAAUUAGCCAGGCCAACCGAAUGAUGGAAUUGACCGGCAAGGUAAUGGAAGAAAUCGAAAACAAAUUGUAACUUUUGAAUGUCUCUGUUGGAUACAGUAAGAUAGUGUCAGGCUGCCCAGUGUUAAGGUGGAAUGUCAGGGAAGACUUCGGAUACAGUAAGAUAGUGUCAGGCUGCCCAGUGUUAAGAUGGAAUGUCUGGGAAGACUUCGGAUACAGUAAGAUAGUGUCAGGCUGCCCAGUGUUGAGGUGGAAUGUCAGGGAAGAAUUUGGUGCAGUAAGAUAGUGUUAGGCUGCCCAGUGUUGAGGUGGAAUGUCAGGGAAGACUUUGGAUACAGUAAGAUAGUGUCAGGCUGCCCAGUGUUAAGGCGGAAUGUCAGGGAAGACAUGUUGGAAGACCAUCAUUUAAUUCCAUGUGUACAUUACAUCAUCCAAAUACCGUAAUAUGUUUAUUUUUUUACAUACAGAAUCCUAUACGGUAUUAGUAUAUAUUACAUUAUAUGACAUAUAGAGCAAGGCUUCACGAUGUAACUGAAUAUACAAGGUAUGGCAUUUGUAGGCAUGAUAUUGUUCAAACUAACUUUGUUUGUGCCCCACAUAGGUCGUGUGUACGUGUUUCCUUUGUUACACGUGCGUAUUUCAAAUAAAACCAGAUGUUCAUAAUGUGCCAUCUUUUCAAUAUGAUUGUCUUCAGAAAUUUCUAUUAAAUGAGACAAGAUAAGUGAUCAGAUAUCUGGUACAAGUUAAAAAAUGUGUAGUCUUUUACAAACAUGUUUUGAAUGACUCUCUCUAUAACAACAAAUAAGCAAUUCACGAACAAAUUACUUAACUUCACCAAUAAGCCCUUCGGUAUAAGAUUAUUAAAUACUGAUUUACGUUUAUAUUCAUGUGUAUACACUAUAUUUGUUGAUAAACCCUAUAUUAAUCAUAUAUAUACAUGGCACGAAUAUGAUUUCCUUAGUACUUAUAUACGGUACAUAUAUUGUAGUUAUGUGAUACAUUACGUUGUUAUGGAAAUAUUUUACAUCGUACCGUAGAGGUUGAUCUAGUUACGUGCAUAUUAUUGUGACCAUACUUUGUUAUACUUUUUUUUUUUAUCCAUUUUGACCAGUUAUCUAUUACUAUUUAGUCAACAACGUUUCUUGACGUUGAAAUUCAGGUGGAAUUCACAAUUUUAAGUCUUUUGCACACUUUGUAAUAUAAUAACCUGUUAUGAUAUUUUGACGUUUCAAAAGGAAACCAUGUUUAAUAAGUUGUAACGUAUCACAAGGACGCCAUAUUUGAUUACACUUAUCGUCGGAAUUCGGCGUUUUCUAAGAGUUAUAUUAUUUUUCCUUUGUUUACAAUAUUUCUAUUGUCUCGACAUAUUUCAUACUCUACUCUAUAUAUAUCAUGCAUACUUUCAUUUAAUCAUUUAAAUGAUUCAUACAUGUGAAAUGAGUUUUUGGUUAGAUUAUGAUGCCAUUUUUAGCAAAUAUCUUGAAAUCUUCAAUAGGCAUUUCAUCCAUUCUUUUUUCAAUGAAGGGAUGGACUUUUCAAAAUUGUCCAUCACUUACUGUUUAUCAUUAAAGGGACAUUCCUUCGUUUAAAUAAAGUGUAUGUCGCAAAAAUGAAACUGAAUGGGAAUGUGUAUUUUCCAAAGUAGUGCAAGUUACUCUCAAGGAAAACCAAAGUGUCUCAAGUAUUAUAUCAUAAAAAAUCUCAAUUCGACCCGAAGUAUCACUAAUAACCGCAAAGGCAGACGGUAUUUGUGUACGAAACAUUUUUCUCUACAUUUUGACGUGUUUUAUAUAAACCUCAAUCGGGCAAAGAUUGUAUCAAUAGAAAUUUUGCACGUUUCUGAUGUACCAACCAAGGAACGCCCCUUUAAUAGAUAGAAGUGAUCAAACUAUGGAAAUAAAUAUUUUGUACAGGAAUGAUGUAGCUCUAGUAUUAACUGUUUUGUAUAGAAAUGAUGUAGCUCUUGUAUAAACUGUUUUGUAUAGAAAUGAUAUUCUUCUGGUUUAAACUGUUUUGUAUAGAAAUGAUGUAGCUCUUGUAUAAACUAUUUUGUAUAGAAAAAAAAAUGUAGAUCGUCUAUAAACUAUUUUGUAUAGAAAUGAUGUAGCUCUUGUAUCAACUGUUUUCUAUAGAAAUUAUAUUUUUCUGGUAUAAACUACAUUAUGUAGUUUGUAUAGAAAUGAUGUAGCUCUGGUAUAAACUAUUUUGUAUAGAAAUGAUGUAGCUUUAGCAUAAGCUGUUAAAUAUAGAAAUUAUGUAGUUCUUGUAUUAACUGUUUUGCAUAUAAAUGAUAUACAUCUGGUAUAAACUGUUUUGUAUAGAAAUGAUGUAGCUCUUGUAUAAACUAUUUUGUAUAGACAUAAUGUAGCUCUUGUAUAAACUAUUUUGUAUAGAAAUUAUGUAGUUUUUGUAUUAACUGUUUUGCAUAUAAAUGAUAUACAUCUGGUAUAAGUUUAUAUUUAUACAGAAAUGAUGUAGCUUUAGCAUAAACUGUUAAAUAUAGAAAUUAUGUAGUUCUUGUAUAAACUGUUUUGUAUAGAAAUGAUGUAGCUCUUGUAUUAACUGUUUUGUAUAGAAAUGGUGUAGCUCUUGUA